AUGGCUACAACUACUGCAAAGUCUGACCCAACGGGAUUUGAAUGGAUUGAGGCAUACCACCAGUGGAUUCCUCCUCUUGCAGUCGAGGGUGGAAUCGAUCCUGAGCUUGGUGGAGCCUUGUCUGUUCUGUAUGUUGCUCGAGCUGCAAUCGAGAACGAAGGAACCUAUCCUGGUAAGGCAAAUUACAACUAUGCCUGGAUUCCUCACAAGGGAAGGGUAACCCAAUUGGAGAAGGGAUACGAGGUCCUCAUUGCUCCUCAGAAUGAUAAAUUGUUCAAGUAUUUCUGGUUUGAUAUCACUGGGCCCUUUUCGACAAAAAUCACCUGGAAAGAUGUACCGUGCAUUAGUGGAAAAGACAAAGAUGGUAAUAUUUUGUAUGUUGCACAAGCCGACAUUGACGGCGGAACUCACUCCGGUUACGUCUCGAAUGGAGAAAUCGCGUCCAUCCCACACGGUGACAAAGUGGAAAAGGUUGAAACAUAUCGUGUGCUUGUGCAAGCUCAUCGAGGACAAUGA